AUUUGAAUUUGAAACUUCACCAAAUGCGGAGAAAUGGAGGAAGACGACGAAGAAAUUAUAUUGUCAUAGAGAUUUCACUUUGUUGAACCCAAAAACAUUAAAGAAGAAGGCUGAGAAAACCUUUUUUAGAUUUAUGGAAAUGCUAGACUCAUGAUGACGGACUUACUUCGCCCUGGAGACCUAAUAAAACAGAGAUGGAAAGUUAUAAGAAAGAUUGGUGGCGGUGGGUUCGGGGAAAUAUAUGAAGGAUUUGAUAAGAACACGGAAGAACAUGUUGCUGUCAAACUGGAGUCCUCCACCCAACCAAAGCAGGUCCUUAAAAUGGAAGUGGCUGUACUUAAAAAGUUGCAAGGAUGCAACACAAUCUGCAAAUUUUUUGGUUGUGGUAGAAAUGAUCAUUACAACUACGUAGUUAUGUCAUUACAAGGCAACAACUUGGCUCAACUGAGACGUGGGCAACCAAAAGGAGUAUUUACUUCAAGUACUGUACUUCGUUUGGCUUAUCAAGUUUUACAAUCAAUUGAGGCUAUUCACCAGGCUGGCUUCUUGCAUCGAGACAUCAAACCUUCUAAUUUUGCUAUGGGAGACAAUGUAGCAAAUUGCCACAUUUGUUACAUGCUGGACUUUGGAUUGUGCCGUCAAUACACUAAGUCAUCGGGAGAAGUUAAACCGGCAAGAAGCAGUGCAGGCUUUCGUGGAACAGUUCGAUAUGCUUCCAUCAAUGCCCAUAAAAACAAAGAAAUGGGCCGACAUGAUGAUUUAUGGUCGUUUAUGUACAUGAUGGCUGAAUUUUCUAAUGGUUAUCUUCCAUGGCGAAAAAUCAAAGAAAAGGAAAAAGUUGGCAAAAUGAAGGAACAUUAUGAUCACUCGUUACUGCUCAAAAAUUUACCAAAAGAAUUUCACGAUAUUUUAAAGCACAUAAAGAGUCUCACAUACUCCGACAAACCUAAUUAUAAGUUCAUCUUCCUGCAACUUGAAAAAGCUCUUGAAAGAGAAGGUGUCAGAGAAAAUGAUCUGUACGAUUGGGAAAAAUCCUUUACAGAAGUAUCGACUACGACAACUACAAACAGCAGCAACACAGCAUUACCAUAUCGCUCGACGGCCGAGCCCAGGAUCGGCCGAUCUGAUGUGAUCACGCAUAGUUCACAUGAUAAACAAGAAAAGAAAAAAGAUGACCAAGUGUUACGACAUAACAAGUUAAAUAAAGUUGAAGAUUAUGUUGUUGAAAUUAUCCCCAAGGUAAAUGAUUUCAUGAAAAAUUACGAAGAGGUUAAGAACAUCGACGUAAAUAGAGAUGGCAAAAAUAUUGCAGUAACUGAAACCAAGCAUGAAUACAACGCAAGUCGAAACGGUGUCGAUGACUCGGCUAAAGAUCUUCCAAGGAUAGUGACACAUGAUAUUGUCGAAAAUGGUCAUCAUGCUAGCAGGGAAUCGAGCUCUCUUACUUCAACGAGACGGUGCCCCAAGUUAAAACUCCGUGUUUCAAAUGAUGACAAAAGUAGCGUGAAAGAUGUUCUCGAUUGUUCCACCCCUGUUGCAUGUCCCAGGAAUAUAAAAGAUACAGUCUCGCCAGUUGCUUCUAAUGAUGAUAACAUAAAAACAACAAUUGGUGAAGAAUUAGUAGUUUAUACCGAUGAGAUGGCGUUGUUUCAUAGGAACGAGAUCAGUAGUCCACGAUACUGUUCCUUCAAUGUACCCACCAAGGAUGUACGUGUUAGAGAUGGCAAAUACGAGGAGGUUGACAAUGGCGGCAAUCAUGUGGGAUUAUAUGAUUCUGUCGAGGAUCCAGUUGUAUGUUCAGGAUCAAAAGGUUUAUUGAUACCGUGUGAUUUCAACUCGAUACCUGCCGCUCCUUGGGGUGGAUCAGAGGAACCACAAAAUUACCAACCCACAUUAGCCUGUCGGGAUUCGUUUACCAUUCCGAAGCUUUCCGAUCUAUACGAUGUCGAAGGGGAGGAAGUCUAUGGCGUCAUCAUGAAGGAAGAUUGCGUUAACGAAGUUGAAUCGAUUAAGUGCAGUUUCGACGCCCCUCUGCGUAUGGUUGAUUUUUAUGAUGGUAUAGAUCAUCAUCGUAUCCAAGACGGAGGAGGCAUUCAGAGCACUUCAGAAAAUAUUGGUAAGCAUGCGAUUUAUGUAAAUGGUGAAGUAAAAGAUGUGGCUAACGGUAAUUUCACAAAAGAAGGACAACAGGAUGACGCCAUGAAGAGUGGGAAUAUUUCUAAAAGCGAACAUGAAGAAUACGUCCCAGAAAUGACUGCCGUUAUACCCGAACACAGCUCGAACGUCCUACUUCCAGCUGAAGGUAUUACAACGACACCUUCUGAUGAAGAAUCGCCUGCACUCCGGGAAUGUACGAUCGGUUCCCGAGUUACAAGUCGUGAUAGCUUGGCAGGUGUAGGACUUGACUGGGAUUCGCCACCAUCUUCGGAUGAGGCAAAUGAUCAUUUGAAGAAAUUGGCAAUAAGUAGUCUAGCAUGUGUCUAUGGCCAGGCACCGGUUAUAAAGGAUAAUGAGACCAUAGGAAAGUCAAACAGCUUCGUCUCGAAGUUAAAGAGAGAACUAAGUAAGGGUGAAGGUAUGAGUUUGAUUCUACCCAGCUUACAAUCUGGUUUGAUGAAAGGGAGUAAAGUUGGAUCAACGAUAAUAAUAGAUGACCUUGGAGAGGAAAUAAAAUCAUACUAUGGGGUGGAUGAAGAAAUUGAUGAUGAUGACGACGACGACGACAGGGGAAUCGUGUUUGAAGUCUCGACCCCAGUCAAAGGAAGUGAAGAUGGACCACUACUUGAUAAUGAUAUAAAUAAAGUUGGACCACUACUUAAUAAUGAUAUAAAUAAAGAUGGACCACUACUUGAUACUGAUAUAAAUUCACAAGAAAUUAACAAUGUAAGAAAUAUAGGUGACGAUGAAAAUACCAACAAAGAAGAUGUUUACAAUGAUAACGGAUUGCUUCAAAGCACAACUUUUGAUGGAAUGAGCUUAAUUAAACAACAGCAACUUGCUACCGUUACAAAUCAACAAUACGACAGUGUUCAGCGAAGCGAGCCACAUUCUUUUGAUUUUAAUGGAAGUAAUGAUGAAAGUAUUGCGCCAUUAGAAAGUUCUUGUAAACGUGAAACAAUUGAGCAGCCGAAAAGGAUUGAAACGUUUUUAGAAAAGUUAUCAGAGUACUCGAGUUUGGAAGAAGCUAAUGUGAAUAUAGAAGGACAAGAGAAAGAGGGCGAUGAACAAGUUCAACAAACGGUUGGCGACGUUGAUGUUUUCACAUCAAACAUACAAACUUCAAAAUCUGAAGGUUGCGUUCUUCAUAAGAUUUUCAAAGGUCGGAAACUCCCAAAUCUUGAGAAAUUAACAAAAAAACAAAAUCAACCUUUAGAGGAGACGGGUGCUUCACAAUUCCAUCCUGUAACAGAAACAUCUUUACCGGAUGAUUCCACUCAUCAUCUUGAUGCUCUGAAGAUUUCCUAUCAUGCAGAUGACACUGAAAAUUUAGUUAAAAUAAUUACGUCCUCACGGCCGGUCCGUAUAUUUAAGGGGGCAGAUAAUGAGGAAGUUAGAUUGGGAAAUAUGACCGAUGAUGUAGUCAAGGAAGAAGAUGAUGUACUAAAUAGGGCCAGUAAUGUAUAUGAAGUAGAAGAUGAUAACUCUGUCAGUGAAAAAGUGAUUUCCUUAGAAAUCAGUGAAAAUGAACCGAACAGUGUCGUAUUUUUAACCAAAGUAGUUUUGAAACGUACAACAUCCUUUUCUGAAACAAAUGUACGUGAUUUAAUAGAUGGGACAAAACUUGUGGAAGUACCUGUGAAUGAGAAGGAUAAUAAUGGUAUAUUGAUGGGGCCUAAACCACCGCUUGAAGGACAGUCGAAACGAUGUGUCAAUGCCAGGUUGCGUCGUUUUAAGCCAUGCGGUGAUGCAAAAUGUUCUGUUCCUCCCAAGAAAGUCGAUGCUCCUUUGACAAUAUAGUUAAGGUUCCAUCCAACCUAUUUCUAUAAACGUAUUUUUGCAUAGUUUCACCCAACUAAUCAUUCAUUAUGCACACGUGACAUUCUUAUUAGUUGCGUUUGAAUACUGCCGUUUUAGAAGUAUGCUGGUCGUACGCGAUUGAUUUAUGAACUAAAAAUAAAUAUACUUAAAUUUA